GCAGUGUUUGCUCCCUGUCUGGGGAAACUUGCGCCUGUUUGAUGAUAAAUUGAGGGCGUUUCUUAAAAGUUAAUUAUAAAAACUCAUGAUCAAAAGUACUUUUCUGCAAGUUUUGGACAAAGACGACUGCAGGACUUAAAAAAAGCUGAAGGCGUGGGAAGUUUAAAUGGACUUUAAAUGGGCUGAUGUCGGACUCGUGAAGGUGGUUUUGGGUUAAUGGAUUUUAUUGAACCAGCAAAGUAUUUUUCUUCAAAUAUUUUUUUAAAGGAAGUCUGAUAACCAUGGAUGUCGAGGAAUAAUUGUUAUUUUCUUUUGAUCCACGCUUUGGACUGAGAACAAAAAUGUGACCACCUGCGUUUUUAUUCAACUCUCUCUUCUUUUUAUUUAAUUUAAAAAAAGCCCCUUUUCUUUUAAUCUCCCUUGUAGACAAAAAAAAAGAAAGAACAGUUAAAAUUUGAGUCUGCGAGACGAGUCUUAAAAGAAGAGCACCAAUGGAUUGAAAGAUUAUACUUCCAGCAGUGAAAAAGUGCCUCAAGCAAAGGUCGGGAGAUGUGUGAAGGAGUGUGACGGACGGCCAUGGGACUGGAGACACGGUGGCUUCAGGCUGUCACCACUGUUGUAGCCAUCUGUCUGCUAAGUGUGUCUCAAGGUGAGGCAACAUUGGUUCAUGCCAGAGAGGGGGGCUCUGCAGAGCUGGACUGCAAUCUCACUCCUACGUUUAAAGAAGCCACCACCCCCAACCUUUUUCCUCUGCAUGUGGUGGAGUGGGUGCGCCUCGGUUUCAACGUUCCCAUCCUCAUCAAAUUUGGAGUGUAUGCUCCUCGUGUUCAUCCAAACUACAAGGGCCGUGUGUCUCUGACCCGAGGUGCCUCUCUGCUGGUGGAACGGCUGACCCUGGAGGAUGAGGGCUGGUUCGAGUGUCGCAUCCUGCUCCUGGACAGCAAAAAAGACAACUUUCAGAACGGCACAUGGACCUUCCUCUCCAUCACAGCUCCACCUGUGUUUAUCAAGACACCACCAACUUUCGUGGAGGUUCUGCUUGGAGACUCGCUGACUCUCAGCUGUGGAGCCCAUGGCAACCCUCGACCAACUGUUGUCUGGCAUAAAGAUGAGAGCCAAAUUGAGAAACAUGAAAAAAUAAAAGUGCUCAAUGGUACCUUGUCUCUGGCCUCUGUCACAAGAAAUAUUUCAGGAGUGUACAAAUGUCACGUGUCCAACACAGAGGGGAACCUGACCCACUAUACGCAGCUGCAGGUCAAAGGACCUCCACUCAUCAUCAUCUCCCCAGAGGACACCACUCUCAACAUGUCCCAGGAUGCAGUUCUGCAGUGUCAGGCUGACGCGUACCCCUCUAACCUCACCUAUGAGUGGUUGAAACAAGGGCAGAAUGUUUACCAUAUUGAGUCCUUAAAGUCCAGAGUGAAGGUUUUGGUGGAUGGAACACUUCUUAUCCCUAAUCUCAUCCCGGAAGAUGCUGGCAACUACACCUGUAUCCCAACUAAUGGGAUACUGACCCCGCCCUCAGCCUCCGCACACCUGAAAGUGAAACACCCUGCACGCGUGGGCCGAAUGUCCCGGGAAACAUACUUGCCUGCGGGCAUGGAGGGGGUCAUUGUCUGCCCUGUCCAGGCUGAUCCCCCUGUGCUGUAUGUAAACUGGACCAAAGAUGGGAACGAUUUGAAUCUUGACAAGUUACCAGGUUGGAUAGUGAACUCUGAGGGCUCAGUUUUCAUAACAACAGCCAAUGACAAUGCUGUGGGCAUGUACACAUGUACGGCCUAUAACAGUUACGGCACCAUGGGCCAGUCUGAACCCACCCAGGUCAUUUUGCAGGACCCACCAUCUUUCCGAGUGCCACCUCGGCCUGAGUAUCUCCAGGAGGUGGGAAGAGAGUUGAUCAUCCCCUGUGAAGCCAUUGGGGACCCCACUCCAAACAUAACAUGGAGCAAGAUUGGCCCUACUCCUCGCUCCCUGUACACUGUGUUGGCUAACGGCUCCCUCCUGCUGCAGCCUCUCAGUAAAGAUCACCAUGGCGGCUGGGAGUGCUUGGCCACUAACCGUGUAGCGACUGUCAGUGCAGGCACUGUGGUCAUGGUGCUGGGCACCAGUCCUCAUGUUGUGUCAUCAGUAUCUGUCACCACGGAGCUGAACCAGGCCAACGUGUCCUGGGUGCCAGGCUUUGAUGGUGGAUACACCCAGAAGUUCACUGUAUGGGUCAAGCAGGCAUCCAGAGGGAAACACGAAUGGGCGUCUUUGCCUGUGCCGACAUCCAAAAACUACCUGCUGGUGACCGGGCUGCUUGCUGGCACCUGGUAUCAGUUCAGUGUCCUACCUCAGAAUAAACUCGGCUCUGGACCUUUCAGUGAAAUUGUUUCUGUGCGAACACAAGCUGUGCCAACAGAAACACCUACAGCUGUCACCACUCUCCCAAUCCUGGAUCCACCCAUACUUCUGUCAGCCAAUCGCACCGAGCAAGGCGUUCUCCUGCAGUGGUGGCCUCCUGAGGAUCCAUCCUCUCCACUGACGGGCUAUGUGCUGCAGGCCCGCAGGGAUCAGGCCCAGUGGGUCAUUCUCAGCAGCAACAUCAGUGCCAAUCAGAGUGAACUACUUGUACAAGGACUUCUAAGGGACUCCAGUUAUGAUCUGAGGCUGAUGUCUCGUAGCAACAAAGUACUCAGUGAACCGAGUGAGUCUGUCAGUGUCUCCACCAUUGGGAUGGAAAUUUACCCCCUGCGUCCAAGUUUCUUGGAGGUCAUCCCUGAGCCCCUGUUGGCUGGUGUGUUGGCUGGAGUGUGCUUCUUGUUUGUGGCCAUCGUCCUCUCUUUGGUAACAGCGUGCUAUAUGAGUCAGAGGAGACAGCGUCGGCGCAGAAAGAGAAGACAAGAUAUCCCAUCUGCCUUCCAGAAGAACUCAUCUCCAGACGCUCGCUCGCCUCCUCGCAGCCCAGACAGCGUCCUAAAGCUGAAGUUGUGUCCACCACUUCCCUUCUUCCCCAACUCCUCCUCCUCACAGUCCGAUCGGGCGUCCUUCGAUAAAGGCAGCCGCGGGGAAUACCACGACCAGCGGAAACAACUCCUCUCCAACUCGUCUCCUCCACCACAUUACACACUCUUUGAGAGUCACUUGGGGUCUCAGGCACCCUCACCAACUGCUCUGGAGUCCAUCUCCAGAGGCCCAGAUGGACGCUUCAUUGUCCAACCUCUGCAAGUGGGUUCCAGUCCCUCCAAUAGGAAAAACCUCAAGGACGACAUCCUGCAAAUUAAUGGUGGGGCAAGUGGCUCAGGGAGCAACAGGACAUCAUUCAGGGACUCUCCAAAGUCAAGCGUUUUGAGCUCAGAGAAGGACGAGAGGAAGAAUUCUCCUCUUACUGUGGACGUCCCAGAGCUGAGCAGACCUCCUUCCUCCCCUGGAAGAGUACGGGCCAUGGCCAGAAACUUCUCCCGUCACGGCUGCUUUUACUCUGACGAUGAACAAGGCUCAGAGGCCCUGCUGGAAAGAGCCAGCUUUUAUUCAGACAACAGUGAGAAAAAACCCAGUGAUUCUCUCAGGAGAUAUCGCAACACUGAAAAUCUGUUCCCCACUUUGGGCAGGAAAACUAGGCUUCUGGAUGGAGACAGACAACCACAUACAGGCUACCAGCCUAUGGAGAGUCAGUUGACUAAUAACAGUACCCUGGUCUCACAACUUGACAGUGAGCUGGAGAGAGAUAGUAUUAACAAGUGUGUCCAAUUGGCAAAGGAGAGGGAAAAAAUGGAGAGGGAGCUGGAGAGCUACACAGCCGAUCAGAGAAGUCGUGGUCGUGGAAGAGACGAGCGACAGUCUAAUAAGACAGAAAGCCCUCAAAGGGACACACCCAAGUCAGAGGAAGAGCCGGUAUGGAAGCCACAAGAUGUUAACAUCAGACAGAAACACAGGCCCUCGGGUCAGACAAAUCGAGUUUCUGACUACCGGAAGGCGUGCUACUUUGGGAACACCAGCAGUCCCAUGGACCGGCUCCCUACGUCUCGCAUACAGUGGGACAUUAGCCCUGUUACGUCCAUCACCAGCCUCAUUCCUGUACAGACCCCCCGGGGGACCACAUCGCCCAGGUCACAGCAUCCUCGCACACGUAGGGAGACCACAGAGGACUCUUUUGGUGUUGAUUCAUCAUGCUCUCCAGUCACCCAUAACACCUCCCUCUCCAUGCUGUCCCCUGAUGUCACCUCCGAAAGCCCCCCUGUCCUGUGUCUACAAACACCAGAAAGAGCCAGGUCAUUGAGUCCUCAGACAGAGACAGAUAUAUGCAGGAAGUCCAUGACUGAGCAGGGUUUAAGGGAAAAGACACAAGACAGAGGUGUUACUUCAAGGUCCAGACACUCAUAUGCUUAUGCAGGCACUUCAGCUGCCAGAGGUCCUUUGGUUGGCAGUAAGAGGCCUGAAAGUUCUCCCUCUGCUCCAUAUAAUCAUCCUGAGAGCACAGCCACAAGGGAUCCCAGUCCAUCAAGUUAUUCUACCUUGCCCUAUGAACAUCAUGAAGCACGAGUAAAGGCCAAAGAGAAAGAGUCUCAGGCCCGGGAUGACCGACGGAGUUCAGGGUUUUACUCUGAGUUAGAGAGAGAGGGUGUGCGAACACGCUCCAGGAGGAGUGACAAAUGUCUCUUCUCUGAUAGUCCAAGCCCUAUUUCAACAUUGACUCUUGUAGAAGAGGUCGAAAGCGACCAGUCCCAGUUUUCUGUCCCUGGAAUGUCAGGGUCCUUCAAGGCCAAACCUGCAGCUCCAUCUCCCAAAAUGUCCCCACUGGAGACAAGUGCAAUUCUUGAAUACCUGAGCCUUCCAGGUUUCAUUGAAAUGAGCGUGGAUGAGCCUGUGGAAGACGCUGAAGCUACAGAUGGUGCUGGACAAAGUUCAGAACUAAAACCAGAAAAAUCCCCAGAGACUAAGCCUGAUGUGGUUCCUAAAAACUGGGAGGUUCAUGUUCAGGAAACCGUAGAAACAGACUCAAGCCAAAAGGUUUGCUUUAAAGAAACUCAUUCAGCGGGUGCUGACAGGGAGUCCAGCUUUUAUGCUAGCAACAAACAAGGCCAUAAACACUCCCUUCACGGGGAAGGUAGAGAUUCUUCACACAGAGUAAGAUUCCCAGAUGAGAGACCAUUGUCACCUGGUCCAGAAAAAACUAGCAAGCAACUUUACGAUGAGAAAACACAAAUUCGACUUGGGAAUAAAAACACAGACAGACCUGAAUCCAGACUUGCAUCCAGGUCUGCUCACACCUUGUUCAGUGCAGCUAAAGGCAUGGCAGAUAUAGUGUCAAAGCACUCACACGGUUUUGUUGACAGUAGUGAGUCUUUAUCAGAGCAAUCCCAAAGACAAACUUCUCAGGGCAGCAGGACUAAUAACAUUGCAUCACGUAUAUGUCAAGCCCCUGUGCCAUUUCUAAAGAAAUCCUUAAGCAUGGGCCCUUGUAGGACCCUCUCAGGUUUGGGACAGCCUCGUCCUUUCCUAAAGAAAUCCAUCAGUUUAGGCUCACAUAGGUGGGAGCACUUCGAGAGCCCGAGGACGUAUAUCUCUGAGAAAUGUUACUGGGACGAGUUCCCAAACCCAGAUGUCAGGAUGAAGUCCUAUAGUUUGGGUCACAGUCCCUCUUCCCUUCCCAGGCCCGGCCCCUCCUGGAGGGAGUAUGUCCCCUUCAGACGCCCCAGCAUGGGGAGCUUAGAGAGACCUCACCAUGCACAAAGACCUUUAGCUAGUCCUUCCUACCUCACUCCUUCAAUGUACCCACCCAGACAAACCUCACUCUCCCCGAUGCUGGAACCCUCCGAUCCACGACGGCAAGCCGCUGUUUUCCCAGAGUCCUCCAGGUGGUCUCCUUCUUAUCAAGAAACCCUGAGAUCUGCCCAGCAUAAAUAUGUCCCCAUGCCUUCCUCCAUCCCUGUCCCCCAGUACCAACACUGGCCAGGAUCCCGAGGGGAAAGCAUGAGACCCGUGGACCCCAGGGGGGGCCCUCCGAGGUCUUACCUGCCCAGGGGCACCAGUUGGCCCUCGCCGUACUACGCCCCCUUCCCUCCCAGGGAGGUAGAGUGUUACAGACAGCCAGAAAGGAUGAUGGUGAGGAGAGGGGAGACAGAGAUGCGGGAGGGCAGAGACAUCAGGGAGGGAGGGAGGACCAGUUAUGCCAGUCAGAGCAGUGGUAGAGGUAGCGCCGGUCUCUUCCGUCAGUCCCUGUCCAUCACUCCCACACUGCUCAGCUCCCCCGAAACCACAGAGGAAAGCGAGCGGCACAGAGCUGAGACGGAGCUGCCUGAGAGGAGAGCGAAAAGAAGGAACACAUCAGUAGAUGAGAGUUAUGAGUGGGACUCUGCUGAUGCCUGUGUGGACUCGGAGGUCCUGGAGGCCAUGAGGUUUGAUCAGUCAAAGACGGGUUUUCGGAAAGGCAAGGGGGAGCUCAGAUAUGAUCAGGCUGGUGGCCUCCAGGACCAGCGACGGAAAGGCCCGUCUCCCUCAGUCAGCCCGCCAGUUUCCAACCAACCUCGCUGCCAGUACAGCCGCUCCCUAAGCGAGGCGCGUUUCAACGCUCUCCGCCAGGAGUACCAAGAUUACAGGCGGGCUCAGGAAUCCAUCUGUUCCCGUGAGCCCUGCCUCACCCCUGGCCACGAUUCAGACUCUGACUCCAACUCAGCACUGCUCUAGCAGCUUAACUCGGUAUCUAAGACCGACACCAAAUAGCAGUUUUAAUGAACAGACGACAGCACUGUGGUCCCGGACACUGUCACAACCUCACUGGAGCUCUCUCAUGUGAAAGAACCUAUUGUUUAAGGUUUUUAUUCUCUGUUACAGCAGACUAAAGUUAAACAAUUUGAAGAUACGCCAUCAAAUGCGACAGACUGCAACACCUCAGUUGUUAUCAGAUGACACAUACUCUUUUUUUGUGUUUGUUACAUUGUGCUUUGCACAGAAGGGAUUAUUUAUUUUUCUAAAAUACUCGUGCAACUGUAUUUUGGGAUUAUUUUCUUUAACCUUGACAAUCAGGCACACAGGGCUGCUUUGAGAAAUGAAAUGCUCCCCCUUGACGAAGACGUUUACAGUUGAGAGUUGCUUUAUAAAAGCAGCAGCAUGCUACAUAAUGAAGGUAGUAUUUCAAGUCCAUGUCCAUUGCAAAGACUUCCCUUUAAUAAUUAAUUAAAGGGAUAAUUACUACACUAAUGACAAUUAUGUAGGUCUGUGUCCAAGAUAACAUCUGCUGGUGGAAAUGUCUGUAGCCGUUAUGUUGCCAAUCAAACAGUGCUCAAAGCAUUUUCACCAUCAUCUCCUACAUAUGACAAAGUACUUAAAAUAGUAAUAAUUGUACUUAAAGAUCAAAUAAUUAGGCAACUGUCAAACUCUAAACAAUAAUUAACUGUAUUAAAGAGAAGAAUUUAUUUGUUAUUUGCCACUGUGAUUCCCCUGCUGGUUCCCUGAACUCGUUUCCUGUUUUAUACAUUUUAUGUGUCACAAUAAUGCUCCCCUGUUGAGACUUUAUAAAUGAAACGACUUCAAAUAGCUUCCCCCAUAUUUGUCCAAGUUGUACAAAUGUUUAUAUGUACCUUAAUGUGAAUGAACCCUGCUGUUUUAUUGUAUAUUCCACGUCAUCAAAUGCUACUUUACUCCACCUGAAUCGGUCUAACCUCGCCUCUGUGAUUAAAUGAUAUAUUCACACUUGAUAAGAAUAACAGGGAAGUGAUUUUUGCCUUAUUUUUUGUUGAUGUCAGAAGCUCGCACUAGUUGAUUGACCACAGACGGUUUGAGCUAUAAUCAAACAAAACUGAUCAGAGGUUUAAAAAGGUUUUGCUCACGAUGAGUACUUCUGUAUAUUUAUUGAGGCGAGUUAUGAUAUGCAACGAUGUUUACAAUUCACAUCAUUGAUGUGAAGGCAACACUGUGAAUAUUUCACUGACUUCUGGUUCUGUAUUUGAAGUCUUAUGAAUUUUGUGCCCUUUUGCCCUACUUUUUUUUGUUUUGUUUUGUUUUUUACAGAAAAAUUACAAAAGCCGUUUUGUUUUUUUACAUCACCUGACAAACAGAUUUAAAGAAUAUCUUUGUAGCUACACUACAAGUUUCAAGAUUUGUACUAUAUUUACUUAAAUAACCCAGAUGAGAAGCUUCAUAUGGAGUGAGUAUGCAUUUCUGAUGAUGGUUUUGGAAGUUUUGUACAAAAUGGAAAUUUUUAUAUCUUACCACCUGGUUGUU